CGCAAACUGGGCGCGCGCCGCCCGCGCCCGGCGCCGGGACCCGGCAGAAAAAUCAAUAUUUAAGUCAACUUAUUUGUGAACUGUUUGGAGUGGGACUUUUCAACAUGAAUUACACAGAGUCCGGCCCAUUUGCAGAAUCAAUUGAAGCAGGUUUUAACUCUGAGUUGGGAAGUGUAACACCUGUGCCUUCCAAUGAGACCACUUGUGAGAACUGGAGAGAGGUCCAUCAUCUGGUGUUUCAUGUAGCAAACAUUUGUUUGGCAGUUGGUUUGGUGAUCCCAACCACUCUUCGCCUCCACAUGAUCCUUCUUAGAGGGAUGUUGUCUAUAGGGUGCACCCUUUAUGUAGUCUGGGCCACUCUCUACCGAUGUGCCUUGGACAUAAUGAUCUGGAACUCGGUGUUCUUGGGUAUCAAUAUUUUGCAUCUUUCAUAUCUUUUGUACAAGAAAAGACCGGUCAAGAUCGAAAAGGAGCUGGGUGGUGUCUACCACCGAUUGUUUGAACCACUCCGUGUCCCUCCCGAUUUGUUCAGAAGGCUAACUGGACAGUUUUGUAUGAUCCAGACCUUGAAAAAGGGCCAGACUUACGCCACAGAGGAUAAAACCUCAGUUGAUGAUCGUCUUAGUAUUCUCCUAAAGGGGAGAAUGAAGGUCUCCUACCGAGGACAUUUUCUGCACAACAUCUACCCCUGUGCCUUUAUCGAUUCCCCAGAGUUCAGAUCAACCCAGAUGCACAAAGGGGAAAAGUUCCAGGUCACCAUUGUUGCAGAUGAUAACUGCAGGUUUUUAUGCUGGUCAAGAGAAAGACUGACUUACUUCCUGGAGUCAGAGCCUUUUCUGUACGAAAUUUUUAGAUAUCUUAUAGGAAAAGACAUAACAAAUAAACUCUACUCACUGAAUGAUCCUACCUUAAAUGAUAAAAAAGUUAAGAAGCUGGAGCCACAGAUGAGCCUGUGCACACAGAUCACCAUGCUGGAGAUGAGGAACAGCAUCACCAGCUCCAGUGACGGCGAGGAUGGCCUCCACCACUUUCUGCGGAGCUCCUCCAGCACAUCUUCUCUCCCUGUGUCCCCCCUGCAGCAUCGAGCCCCUGCCAAGAUGAAGCCCAUAGAGGAAGGGGCAGAAGACGACGAUGACGAGGUCUUCGUGCAGGUGUCCGCUGGUACCCUUAGAACCCAUCGGUUGUACUGAUGAGCGUUUAAGUGACCAAGAUGGGUGCUUCCUGAGGAGAAGUACCACGCUCUGCCCUGACUUUUAGGUGGUUUGCUUCUGUCCUGCCGGAUGGGAAGUCGGGAAGGGCCGUGGUCGGAAAGUGUGUGCUGCUGGUCCUGGUGGUCAGCUCCUUAAGUUAGCUGAACCUUCUGACUAGGCCUUGCUCUAUUUUGAGAUACGUAUUUUCUCAGUAGAUAUAUUAAAAUUAUUUUAACUAAUCUUAUAGCUGUCAACACUAUAUGCCUUUUCACUUAUUUUUCUAAGUGUGGCUCUUUUUCUCACAUGCAUUUUUUUCUCUGUCAUGGUAAUUUAGAACGAGUUGUUCUUUUGAUCAUUUUAACAAUGUAAGUCGAAAUUGAGGCUGACAUAACAUUAAAAAUUUUACCUUUUGUUCAGUUGACUUUUUCGUGACAAAUUUUAGAGAAAGUUUGAUUUGUCUGCUUCUGUUUCCUGCCCCGAGACCAGAAGUGCCCCCCCUAGGUCAACCUUGUUUGGGUUGCAGAUUGGUUGGUAGUGACCACCCUCAUUCCUGCCUUUAUCGCGACUCUGAAGCCUGCGCCUGUAGCGGCAGUUAGGGUGAGCAUUUCUGAGCUCAGUGCCGACUAGAGCUAAAAUCAGCUUUCUGCCUUGUAAUCUGGAGCCAUCUUGGCCACAUGCUCAGCUGUGAGGAAGGAGGGGAGAUGGGCUGAGCAAGGGCUGCGGUUAGAGGACGUGAGAGAGAUAGGCUAGGGUCAUUAAAAAUCAGCUUUGCCCUUCAGUCUGUCUCUGUGAUCCCACAUUGCUCCUCUAGAAGCAGAUGUACUGAGCCAGACACAGUGGCUCACACCUGAGAUGCCAGCUCUUGGGAGGCUGAGGCAGGAGGACGGAGAAUUUGAGGUCCACCUGGGGUCCCCUAGUGAGACUUUGUCUCAAAACAACAAUAUUUUUUUAAGGGCCAGAUAGUUCCAGAGCUGUGGUCAAGAGCACAAGGCUGUGUCAAGGCUGUGCCUGACAACCAGGAGACAUAGUCUCCAUUAGCCCAUGAGAGAUGUGAUAGUGUGGAUCUCAGUUUCCAUGAAACGACUUAGCGGGCCCACACAUAAGGCUAGUUUACCGUUACUCUGGAAAUGACACCCCCCUGAGGAGACAGGACUAUCAGGUUCCACUGUGGCCGCAGUCUGCGUGUGUGGGACUCCACAGACUUUGCAACCCCAGAUGGUAGGACAGGUGACCUCCACCCAUCGGCUUGGAUCUAGUUGAUGUGUCUUGAGUGCUGGCAGUGAAACCCUUUGAAAAGCACACUGUUAAAAGUGGGUCGUCCAGAGUCAUUUACUCUUCUUGUGGCAAUGUGGGCGUAUCAGUGUAACAAAGAUCAUAAUCUCAUGGUGAGGAAUCUUCAGAGAGCCACUUAGUCUGAGUAAGAAACUUGAAACUAUGUUUAAAGCCGUACCUCCAAGGAAGACAAAGCCUUGAGAACAGGAGCCUGAAGCCAUUGAAUAGCCCUCCGGUGUAGGCUUGACUGCAGGGGAGCAGGGAAGAGAACAGAAAGAGUUCUGUUAGGUCUGUGGACGACUUUAGAUUCCUUUACACAGGUGAGCAAGUGUAUUUUUGUACAAAGCAUAAAUUAAUAGAUUAAAGGAUGUUUGUACCAGUCUCCAAAGAGAUGCUUCCUCUGAUGUUAAUGUUCAGUCAGCUCUGAGAUCAGUGUUCAGAAAAUGCUCUGCAGAAAUUAGUCUUAUCUAUAUCUCUGAUCUAUGUUUAAAUGUUGUAUGACCCUAAUAUAAUAUUUAUACAAAAAUGUAUUUGUCAUUUAGAAUAUUUUGAAAGCCCUCAGAACAUUUAUAUUUAUAAAACAGCAGAGAUAUAAUACAGAUCCGCAGUUAAAUUUCUCUAUCUUAUAUUAGUUAUAAUGGGUGCUAUGCUACCUUCUAGUGCUUCUGAAGCCCUGAUUCUCGCUGUCUCCCUGUUACAUGCUAACAGACACAGUGGCUACCCUCUGUGUGUCAGAGGCUCUCCGGUGUCUGAAGAGUUGGUGGGUUUUUUUUGCUUUGUUUUUUCUUUUUUUAACUCGGACAUCAGUCUCUGCCUCCUGAUCCCAUUAGGGCCCUAAACACGCAUUUGGAUACUGGAACCGUCUUUAGGAAAAGCUGGUGGGAUCUGCAUACUUCUGUGUCUCCAAUGUACUCAGGUUGAGGCAUGCUCUCCAGUCCGGCCCUUAGGGCUUGGUCUCCCCACAGAUCCCUGGGCUGCUGCUCCAAAGGUUCAUUUUUGAUUUUAAUUCAUUUGUUUUCAUUUCUGCAACUGCUCUGUGGAGACCUUUGAUCCUGCUUGUUUCCUUUCCCUUCCCUGGUUCCCUGAUUUCUUGUCACCAUUCUAGAGCGAUGGAACUCCCACCUCCUCUGCUCAGUCUCCAGGGUUCACAGCUCUGCUUCAGCUCUCUACCCAUAGGACAGCUCUGUCGCCGCCGCCGCCGCGGCAGCGUCCAUGUUUCCAUUGUCACAGCCCCUCAUAACACCUGGGGGACUACGACAUAGUGCAGGUGUUAUAAUGGAAGGAAACUGAGGGUAAGUGCCAUUUGUGGGUUUUCUGUUAAACUUUCGAGCUAGUUUUGAGAUGAAGGAUUUCAUGAAUGCUUUCCACAGACACAUUACAGGAAGCUUCAGGUGCCAUUUAUAUUACCAUUCACUUUAUAUUGAAGGUGUAUG